ACAUAUUCCUUACAGCUUGGUUAAAGGGACUGCAGGAGGUUGUCAUUCGAUCCUGUGGCUUACGGUAUUUAACUUUUGAUUCGUUUAAAGAAUUAUCAAGUGUUAGAAAAAUUGAUUUUGGUAGCAAUUUGAUAUCACGUUUUGUAGUGCCAGAACUUCAAAUGAAUACUUUAGAAGAGUUGAAUUUUACAGAUAAUAUUUUUGAAAAACUUCACAAUUUCUGCUUGAAUAAAACGGAAUAUAGAAUACCAGCGUUUCCAAAGCUGCAAAAACUACAUAUGGCAGUAAAUGAUUUGAUGGAUACAUCCGACUUUUUACAACAAAGGUUCUGUCUCCAACAAGUUAGAUUUCUGAACAUUUCAGACAAUUUAUUCCAAAAACUCACUCUCUUCGCGUUUUAUGGAAUGAUUUAUUUACAAACCUUAAUCAUAGAUGAUUUAUGUGCAGUUGUUAUGGACAAUACAUCUUUAUCAUCAACAUCUCUCCAAACCCUUUCUAUCGGACGUAUCGUGGAGAGAAAGGACAAAGAAUUCAGAAAUAUUUUCCUCAAUUGCCCAAACAUAAAGGUUUUACAAAUAAGGAAUACAGAUUUUUCAACAACUGACGUAAGAAAAAUGCUGGAACCUCUGAAAAGUUUGUCAUCUUUGACAAUUGUAUAUGGUGGGAUUCAACAAAUGACUUUCCUGAAUGAUUUUACAAACUUAACAUACAUAGACUACAGUUUUAAUAGAAUUAAAGAAAUUUCAGGAAACUUUUUUCAAAAUUUAACAAAAUUGAAUCAAUUUAUUCUUCAAAGCAAUGGUUUGAAUAACAUCAAUCAAACAUUUUUGCCCGAUUUCCUUUGGAAAAAGAAAAACUUCCUUCUUGAUGUAUCCUCCAAUCCCUUUGAUUGUGGAUGUCAACUGGAAUGGUUCAGAGUUUGGGUAGAAAACAACAAAGACAGGGUGAUUGGAUAUCCAAAUAAAUAUAUUUGCGAAUCCCCAUUAGAAUUAAAAGGAAGAAGCCUAUCCGAAUUUGAUCCAGCUUCAAUAUGUCACAAAAUAAACCCAUAUAUUAUACUAGCAUCAAUUUCCUGCGGACUUCUCUCAAUUCUUAUUUUCACUACAUCUCUCUUAAGAAAAUUUCGCUGGGAUAUUAGAUAUUACAUUUACAUUUGCAGAAAUAGAAAACCUAUGGGUUACAAAAGGUUUACCGAUGACGAAGAAUAUUUAUAUGAUGCUUUCAUUGCGUAUAACACGAACGAUAGAAAAUGGAUAAUGUCUGAACUGGUUCGAAUGCUAGAAAGAAACCACAAAUAUAAACUCUGUCUGCACGAGAGAGAUAUCAUUCCAGGCGGUGUUUAUGUGGAUGACAUUCUAGAGAGCAUUGACACAAGCAGGAAGUUAAUUUUAGUGCUGUCAGAUAACUUUAUGGACGAUCAAUGGUGUAAGUAUGAAACAGCUCUAGCAAGUCACACUUUGGCAGAUGGUGAUGGUCACAAGCUUUUUCUAAUUUUGUUGGGGGACAUUCGUUCUGAACACAUCAACAGCUCCUUGAAAGUGCUCCUAAACUCUACCUCCCAUGCGAGGUGGCCGGAAAAGAAAACUGACCAGAGAAUAUUCUGGCAAACUGUUAAGCAAUUCAUGGACAAUAACUGA